ACAUAACACGUGUGGAAUAUUUUGACAAAAUUUCUGUGUUUGAUCCACAACAAUGUCUCUCUGUUUUAAUAGACUGACAUGGCCAUGGCAUGCUCUAUGUAACACACCUGGGACGUUGCUGCUGAUUCUUGAUUGAUUUCUGACUCUAAUUUACGUCUGGAGCAUCUUCUUAGGGAGGUGAUGAGUCUGGACAAGAAUCCUCGUGUAUUUUUUGAUGUCUCGAUUGAUGGGGACCCUGUGGAAAGAAUUGUUAUUCAGCUUUUUGCCAGUAUAGUUCCUAAGACAGCUGAGAAUUUCCGGGCGCUUUGUACAGGUGAAAAGGGCAUUGGAGAAUCUACUGGAAAACCUUUGCAUUAUAAAGGGACAACUUUUCAUCGUAUAAUUAAAGGUUUUAUGGCUCAAGGUGGUGAUUUUUCAAAGGGUAAUGGCACUGGUGGAGAAAGUAUAUAUGGAGGAAAGUUUGCAGAUGAAAAUUUCAAACUAACACAUGAAGGACCCGGUUUUCUUUCUAUGGCAAAUAGUGGUCCUAACACAAAUGGGUCUCAGUUCUUUAUUACAUUCAAGCGCCAGCCUCAUCUUGAUGGGAAGCAUGUUGUUUUUGGUAAAGUUGUCAAGGGAAUGGACACUCUGAAGAAAAUUGAGCAGGCGGGAACAUCUGAUGGGAAACCUACCCAACCAGUUAAAAUUAUUGAUUGUGGUGAAAUGUCUGAAACAAAAAUUCAGCUCACAGUCGAGAAGGAGAAAGUGAAAAGGAGAAAAUCAGGGAAAUCCCUAACUUCUGAUGAUAGUUCUGACAAAAAAUCAAGGGUAAAGAGAAAAAAAUCUUCCAAAGACACAAGGAAGAAAAGGAGGAGAUACUCAACAUCUGAUAGUGAUAGUGGUAGUGAUAGUUAUUCCUCAGAUUCUGAGUCAGAUUCAGCUUCAGAUUCUGAAUCGGAUUCUGAUUCAAGUUCCUCUAGUUAUGGGAAACACAGGAAGAGGAAGAGAAAUAAGCGCAAGCAUGGGAAGAAGAGGAGAAUUGGACGUAAGCAGAGAAGGAAAAGCCAGCACGGUAGAAGCAGAAGAUCAAGACCCAAGUCCAGAUGGAGCUCAGAUGGUUCAAGUGAUAAAGAAAGUGAGAGAUCUAGUGCUAGGGGCAGUAGUUCUGGUGAUGAGAAAGCUGAUCACUCUGGUCGUAAAACACAUGCUGACAAUAAUGCACAAACAAAUCUAGACACAGGAAAGCAACCAUCUAGCCCUCCCCCACAAAGUCAAACUAUUCCAGAACAAGGAAUGGAUCCCAAGGUUAAAAGAACUGGGGACAAGCAAUCACAUGAAGAAGGUGAAUUGUCUCCAGAAAAUGGUGCAUUUCUGAAUAACGGGCAUGAUACUCAAGCUGAAUUUAGUAAACCUUCUAAGCAACAUGCUUAUUCAGAUGAUUCGAAUCACAAUAGAGGUGCAAGUCCUGGAAGAAGUCCUGCUAGGAGUCCUACUAGGAAGUCUGUGGAGCUGAACAAAGGACGUCCUUUAUUGGCUAGUACUGGCCAAAAAGCAUCUGAACCUGCUGCCUCCAAACAUAGUCAGGGCUUUUCGAAAAGCCCUUCACCAAAUGGCAUGCCUAAGCGUAUUAAAAAAGGACGCGGCUUUACCGAGCGCUAUGCUUUUGUACGCAGAUAUCGUACUCCUUCUCCAGAGCGGUCUCCCCGAACAUAUCGUUAUGGUGAUAGAAAUAUAAGGAGGAACUUUGAUAGAAAUACAAGCUACAGAAGUUAUUCUGAGCGCUCGCCACCAAGACGAUUUCGGAGCCCACCAAGGGGCAGGAGCCGUCCAAGAUACCAAAGCAGAAGAAGUCGGAGUAGGAGCAUCUCCCGCAGUCCAGUGCGUGGCCGGUAUAGAGACCGAGGCCGCAGCCAGAGUCCAGUACGCAGUCUUAGUCCUGAAGACAGGCGGCCUCCGAUAAGUGACAGAUUAAAAUCCCGACUUGGUCCUCGAAGUGAUGAACAAUCUCCAGACAGAGGGAGGUCAAAGUCCAAUUCUAGGAGCAAUGGCUCUUCUCGCUCCAGAUCCCCUGAUGCUACACCACCAAAGCGUUUUGAUAAAAGGACUUCCGUAUCUCGUAGCAGGUCUAGAUCGAGCUCUUCAUCCGGACAAAAGGGUUUAGUUUCUUAUGGAGAUGGUAGUCCUGAUUCUAUUGCGAGGUAGGUAUUAUGCUGACUGCAUAGCAACUCUCAGGUCUUAGAAGGAGCUGAAAUUGCUGUGUGUUCUAUGACAAGUCUCAACAGGAGUUAUGUUGGGCACUAUGUGGCUACGUAUUUAUUUCCAUGUCCUUAGUGGAAUUCUGUUGUCAAGCCUGAAGUCAGAACCUGUUGAAGUAUUGUGCAUUAGCUCAUAAACAGGUAUUCUAUCAUGUUAGUUCAAGAAAUGUUAUUGGUACCAAAACUUGAAUGGAUGCGUCUUAAUUUGGAACCGAUAGCUCUUAUGGACUUAAAUUGGCGUGUUCGUGUUUAUUGUUUUUCAUAAUAAAUAUUUUUGUUGACUGUAAUUUUUUUCUUUGGAAU